GACUUCUAAUCGUCGCUGCUGUAAUGACAUACAAUAAUACUGUUCGCUUAUUAAUCCAAGUUGUUGAAAAUGAAGCUGAAGAAAAUGCAUUUCAUCACCAUUCAGUUGAAGAUGGCAUCUUGAAUUUAAAUAAUUCGAAAAAGGUUGAUCAAGGUAUACUGUUUGUACUGUUUAAACAUUACAAAAAUUGUUAAACAUAGGCAAAGAAAAGAAGUGUCCGUAAAGCCACUUGUUAGUAUAUGAUUCUUCAAAAUAACUUUUGUGCAAUAUUUAGACCUCAAUACUGCGAUGACAUGCAAUACUGUGCGCUCGUUAUCCCAAGUUAUUGGAAAUGAAGAUGAAGAGAAUACAUUUCCUAAUCACUUAGUUGAACAAUGCUUAGUUCAAGAUGACAUUUUUAAAACUUUAAAUGGUUUGAAAAAGAUUGAUGAAGGUAAUAAUUACAAAAUUUAUAAUAAGAAAAGAAGAGAAGAGUCCGUGUGGGAAUACAUUUCUUAAAAAUAAAUUUUCAUGUAACUUUUAGAUGUUGCUACAGUAAUGACAUGCAAUACGGUUCACUCAUCAUCUGAAGUUGUUGUUAAUGAAGCUGAAAGGAAUACAUUUCAUCAACAUUCACUUGAAGAAUGCUUCCUUGAGGAAAAUUUGUUUCAAUUUGUAAAAAAACUUUGAGAAGCAAAAUGAAGUUUUUACAAUCCAGAGAAAUGAUUCAAAGCCACACGUAGAUAAAGUUCCAUGUACGUCAGAGACAGCAGACAAAAAUAUGCAUAACCUUUUUAGGAAAGAAUAUUGGAGUGGACAAAUGAAAAAAUAUCCUCAAUUAAAAGGUAAAUGGAGACUACCCAUCAUUGAAGAAAUGCGCAAACUGAAGAAAUUUAAAGUAAAGAAACAGUUUGAGAAACUGCAGACAAGUUUGAAUGAAACAAUGGAUUUCUCAAAAAAUAAUGAACAAAUAACUGAAGUUAAGGAAAUUCAUAAGCAACCAAAUAACACGGUCAACUUCAGGACUAUAAAUGACGAAACUAUAAUCGACGAAAUUAUAAAUGACGAAAUGACGAACAAUAACAUCAUUGAGUUUAAAAAGAAUCAGGAGGACGAGAUAAGAAAUGUGCAGAGAAAUAAAAAACCUCUAAUAGUUAGCAAUCAAAAAUUGGAUACAAAGGUUACAUUAAAAAGCAAUCGCUCAAUUCCUUCGAAUAUUUCCGUCAAGGAAAUGAAUGUUUAUAACAAUUCUGACAAUUUUACACAGAAGAUAUUACAGAAUUCACAACAAAGACAACAGUUUUCCACUAACAAACGUAAGAAAUAUCUUUUUUUAAAUGAAUAAAAAACAUCCGGUAAUACAGAGUUAUUAAAAUCCAAAAAUUUUCCUCACUUUCCAAUAAACUUAAAAAAAAUAACACUCAAUGAGGUAAUAACAAUUUUUUAAAACUAUAUUAUUCGUUGGUAUCCCAAUUUCAUUUGGUACCUUAUACUAAGCCAUUUUUACUGCUUAGUUAAUUAAAACUGUCUCCUAGUAGGAUGUAUGUAAAGUACAAUUUUCGAAAUUCCCUAUGAUUAAUUUUUCUUCUUCUGACUAACAAAUUUUUGAAUUAGUUGGAAUUGGAUUACAGGGAUAAUUUUUUAUUCUAAGUUACAGUUUUUCUCAAACUAUUGCGGUGACACUGCUUUUAUUAUAUUAUAUUAUUGUUUAUUUACAUAAAUAUAUAGAAAUCGUUCCGCCAUUUGACAAUUAUACAAAAAAAUAUUAAAAAAAUUUGGACACAUCUGAACAAUCUUUUCAAGAGGCAUUGUCUGUAUUCAAACAUUUUGCAGAAGUUGCAUCAGAAUAUUAUAAGACAAAACAUUCUUUUCUGCUAAAGAAAAAUGCAAUAAUAUCACAAAAUGAUAUGAAUAAUAAACAGGUUGUUGAAAAUGAAAAUAUUUACGCAAUUGACGGAUAUGAAGAAAAUUUACUUGAAACAUUUAGAAAAGCUUCUCCAGAUAAGAAGAGAAAAACAUUCCACUUGGCAAUGAAUGCUAUGGAAGGAGUAAUAGAAAAAUAGACACG